ACUUCAUUUUGCUAUUCUAUGAUACUAGACCUAUGUAAAGAUAAGCCUUCAUGUUAAUAUACAUAUUAAUAUACACAUAAAAUGUUAAUAUCAAUGUUUAACUGUAUUUUACUUAUAUUUUUCCUCAAAAAUGUAUAAGGUAUUACUUCAUGUUUCAUCAGCUUGCGGUCAUGUACUAAAAUUCAGCCAAUUAGCGCCGCCUGAGCUCACAUUGAAGCUCUUCCAGGCUAAACCUUUGGAAGAUCGCAAUCGCAAAGCUGUCGCAACGUAUCUUGAAAGAUUUCCCUUCUCCUUUGGCACACAAAUUAAAAGAGCUGAAUCCUUUUCGCCAUGUUGAUUUCACUCACCGUGGGUAAAGUUGAUGCCGGAGUGGCUGUCUUAUUAACUCAAGAUAAACGACUUGUAAGUUAUUCAUUUGAAUAAAUACGGUUCCGGCCGUGAUUCAAUUGACUGUUCAUGCGUACACACACAACUUGGUCAUUGCACAUGCCAUUUCUCUCAACCUCCAUAACUAACAAUACCCCCCAUAGAUUGAAUUCCCAUCUAUUCUUCUCCCACCCAACAUCACCUCUGGUAGCAUCGUCGAUAUCACCGUUGCACGAAACCUUAUCUCGGAGGAAAAAUCCCAAAAGUCAUUCCUAGCUCUUCAAGACUCUAUUUUCAAUUCCUUUGGUGCAUCAGAACCGUCUGCACCGGUCCUUCGUUGUCGCAAUGCAACACAAACUUCCGUUGUCUUAGAAUGGGAUCCUAUUGAGUUGGCAACCGCAGAUGUCAUCUCCCUCUCCCUUUUCCGCAAUGGACAAAAGGCUGGAAACAUCCCAAGGCCCACUCAGAUGCUGAGCACGAAGAUUAGUGGUUUGGCGGUCGAUACGGAAUAUUCGUUUCAUCUGGUACUGAGAACAAGUGCUGGGACUUUUAGUAGUGAGAGGGUGGUUGUGAAGACGCACAAGAUGACGGAUCUAAGUGGUAUCACGGUUACUCCUGGUGUUUUACCUGCUGCAUUGAAGGAGAGUCUUGUUAAGGCAGUUGAGAGGAUCGGGGCAAAGAUAGCAGAUACCGUGAGAAUCGACACAACACACUUUGUGACCACAGAGGGAAGAGGUAUAGCUUGGGAGAAAGCUGUUGAGAUGAAUAUUCCAGUUGUAAGGCCGGAAUGGGUUGAGGGUUGUGAGAGAGGCGGAAGAAUUGUGGGUGUUAGGCAAUAUUAUCUUGAUGCAGAUCCAAAACAGAGACAAGUAGUUUCGAACGCACCUCCGCCGCAACCAGCACACGCUGAACCACGAAAAGAGCAGGUAGCAACUCCACCUAAUUCACCCCCGCCCACAAACACAAACGGUACGAAUGGUCAAACUGUUCCUCCUACUCCACCUGCAAAAGAUACACCUAAAGAAGAUAAAGGAAGGAGAGAGAAGGAGCAAGAAGAAGAAGGUUCCGAGAGCGACUCGGAAGGAGGAAAAGAAAAACAUGGGACAGAAAAGACAGCUGUACCUGAAGAGCAAAAAUCCCGAGCCUCAGAUGUAGAGCAACAGAAACUUGCUCUUCGACCUGCAGCGCCAUUCGGGGUAUCAGCGGAUGAUUUGACCAAAUCGAGCGAGAACAUUUCCGGGAAUCAGACACCGGGAAAUGCUAGCUUUCAGGAUGUCGCUUUGUGAUAGAUGGUCGAAAGAUAUCUCAUCUUUGUUACUAUUAUAAUAUAAUCUAUAUUUUGGGCUGGCCAACAACGACAAAUGAUCGCAUGCAUG